AUGCGGCAGGCGCGAUGGCGAAGCAUUGCUAUUGUACCCCGGCCCCCGCCUCUUCCAGGUGGUUUCAGCUGGGAGCAGGUCCAUCUGUGCUGCACUGAGGGCUCCCUGGAAUGGAUGGACCCGGCACGAGUGCUGUGUGUCAUUCUGGAGCCCAGCCUCUCCAGUGCCCGGCACACCACUGUCUGCAUCAAGCCCCCCAGUGACUUCCAGGGUGCCAGCAUCUACGUGGAACGUACUGGGCAGCUGCAUCUGGUGGUAAGCGAGGCGGAAGGGGCUCGGCCCCACCACGUGUCUUGCUUCAGUGCCCACACGCUGCAACGAGUGGCCCUCUUCCUGCAGGCCAGCCCGCAGAGGGACAUCAGCUGCCGGACAGCCAGCUUCCAGUAUGAGCUGCUGAGCAACCAGAGCGCUGCUGGCCCCGACUUCAAAAAGAUGGCACUGGUCCAAGAAGUGCUUAGCAGGACUGCUGGCCUCGAGACGGGAGCUUUUGAUAACAAACAGCUUUUGAUACCAAGUGUGCGGAUUACAAAUUACAUUUAUGAGGGAACAGAGCGCAAGAUUGAUUCAAUGAACCCUACGACCUGGUGUUAG